UGUGCAAGCUGUAAAUGAAUGUAGUGUAUGAAUGUAGAGCCCCUUUAUUUUGUACUGUUCCUCACUGCAACAACCUUCUCCUACUUCUUCAAUCUCAAAAUUCAAUUUUUUAAAUAAUUAAUUAUUGAUGUUGUGCAGCAGCAUUUCUGUUUCCUUAUAACCUCCAUUCAAAUUCCCCCAUGGAUUAGCACUGAUUUCUCUACAUCUCAAUCUCUCUCUCUAACUGAUUAGCAUUGUAGCUCAAAACCCACUCCCAAGAUUCAAUUUUGUUCCACAUUGAAACCCAAUUCGGCAGCAAUGGCGCCGUGGUGGGGGAAGGAAGCCCACAGAGGCACACCGGUGGUGGUGAAGAUGGAGAAUCCCAACAACUGGUCAAUGGUGGAGAUAGAGUCCCCCUCCGACGAGGAAUUCCUGAACGACGCCGUCUCGAAGCGCGGCCGCAACAAAAACGCCAAGCAGCUGACGUGGGUGAUCCUCCUCCGGGCCCACAAGGCCGCCGGCUGCCUCGCCUCCAUCGCCGCCGCGUUCGUGUCCCUCGGCGCCGUCGUCCGCCGCCGCAUCGCCGCGGGGCGCACCGACGCCGCCGACCCCGUCGAGAACCCCAAGAUCAAGUCGAGAUUUUACACCGCCAUCAAAAUCGCGCUAGGGCUUUCGCUUCUCCUGCUGGGAUUCGAGCUCGCCGCUUAUUUUAGGGGUUGGCAUUUCGAGGCUCCGGAUCUUCAUCUGGCCCAGAUUUACUCCGGGUUUGGAGUGAGGGAUUUGUUUGGGACGGUGUAUUCCAAUUGGGUCCGGAUCCGGGUCGGGUACAUCGCUCCGCCGCUCCAGUUCUUGACCAGCGCUUGCAUUGUGCUGUUUAUAGUCCAGAGCGUCGAUAGACUGAUUCUCUGCUUGGGCUGCUUUUGGAUUAAAUUGAAAAAAAUUAAACCCAUUGCCAAACAAGACCUAAUCGAUGUUGAAUCUGGAGAUGGAGAAGGCUAUUUCCCCAUGGUUUUGGUCCAGAUCCCUAUGUGCAACGAGAAAGAGGUUUAUCAGCAGUCAAUUGGGGCUGUGUGUGAAAUGGAUUGGCCUAAGGGGAGAAUGCUGAUUCAAGUUCUGGAUGAUUCGGAUGACCCGACGGCGCAGAUGCUGAUCAAGGAAGAGGUCCAGAAAUGGCGGGACAAUGGGGCCAACAUUGUUUACAGACAUAGAGUGAUUAGAGAGGGAUACAAGGCUGGCAAUCUCAAAUCUGCCAUGAGUUGCAGCUAUGUUAAAGAUUAUGAAUUUGUGGCUAUUUUCGACGCUGAUUUCCAGCCUAAUGCGGAUUUCCUAAAGCGGACUGUUCCACACUUUCAGGAUAAUGAUGAAGUAGGGUUGGUUCAAGCAAGGUGGUCAUUUGUGAACAAGGAAGAGAAUCUGCUAACAAGGCUGCAGCUCAUCAAUUUGGCAUUUCAUUUUGAAGUUGAGCAGCAGGUUAAUGGGCAUUUCAUCAACUUCUUUGGGUUUAAUGGGACUGCCGGAGUGUGGAGGAUCAAGGCAUUGGAGGAAUCUGGUGGGUGGAUGGAGAGGACCACUGUUGAGGACAUGGACAUUGCAGUCCGUGCUCAUCUUCAUGGAUGGAAGUUUGUAUUUUUGAAUGAUGUCGAGUGCCAAUGUGAAUUGCCGGAGUCAUAUGAAGCUUAUCGGAAGCAGCAACAUAGAUGGCAUUCUGGCCCAAUGCAGCUUUUCCGUCUCUGUUUGCCUGCUAUUAUAAAAUCUAAGAUAAGUGCGUGGAAGAAAUUCAACAUGAUUUUCCUCUUCUUCUUGCUGAGAAAACUUAUUCUUCCGUUUUACUCAUUCACCCUUUUCUGCAUCAUUCUGCCAUUAACAAUGUUUGUUCCCGAGGCCACGCUCCCUGCGUGGGUCGUCUGUUACAUCCCAGCCACAAUGUCGUUCCUCAACAUAAUGCCUGCCCCAAAGUCAUUCCCAUUUAUCGUUCCUUACCUGCUGUUCGAGAACACCAUGUCGGUCACUAAGUUCAACGCCAUGAUAUCCGGUCUCUUCCAGCUCGGAAGUGCUUACGAGUGGGUAGUCACCAAGAAAUCUGGACGCUCCUCCGAGGGUGAUCUACAGUCGUUGGUUGAGAAGCCCCCGACACACCAAAGAGGCAGCUCAGAGCCUAACUUGGAGGAACUCAAGGAGGAGAUCAACCGACAGAUGAAGAAGGAUUCCCAGAAAAAGAAACACAAUCGGAUUUACACGAAAGAGCUUGCCCUCGCUUUCCUUCUCUUGACAGCCGCGGCAAGAAGCCUCUUGUCCGCUCAGGGAAUCCAUUUCUACUUCCUGCUCUUUCAGGGGAUCUCGUUCUUGCUCGUGGGCCUCGACUUGAUCGGCGAGCAGGUGCAGUAAUGGCCGUUGCUCGAGCAAAGAAUGUUGUAGACUGUGAACAUAUGCAAGAAAUCUGGUGUAGAGAUGUAACAGGCUGGGUUUAGAAUGGCACGACACGGCCUUGCUCGUGGAGAAGGCUCCAGCUGAUUUCGCGUUUGGCAGCACGGCAGUUGUAAAAAGAGACGAGAGACGCCGGCACAUCGGUGUUGUGUCUCGUGGGAUGAGAGGGGAGGCCUGUAAAGAUAUGGCGACAACCCUAUAUUUUGUUCUCGUUUUGUAAGUUGUUAAAUCUAUUGGUUUCUAUUCUUUUGUUUUUUUGGAAUAUUCAUUCUGUAAGAAGGAAUUUAUUGAGCUAUGAUACGGGGGGAAGUAGUAUAGUA